AUGCUUGCUUCUCAGAGCAGGCAGAAGAGUUAUGCGGAUCCCAAGCGCCGAGAUAUUACAUUUCAGCUGGGAGAUCAUGUCUUCCUGCGUGUGUCACCAAUGAAAGGAAUCAGGCAUUUUGAAAAGAAAGGCAAGCUGAGUCCCAAAUUUAUAGGACCUUUUGAAAUACUUGAGAAGGUUGGACAGGUUCCUUACCAAUUAGCCUUACCUCCAUCAUUUUCAGCUGUGCAUAAUGUAUUCCAUGUUUCCAUGUUGAGGAAGUACGUGUCUGAUCCAAUACAUAUCUUGAGUUAUGAGGCAUUGGAGUUACAACCAGACCUGUCUUAUGAUGAACAACCAGUUCAAAUUCUGGAUAGAAAGGAGAAGGUCCUUCGAAGCAAAACCAUAGCACUGGUUAAAGUACUCUGGAGAAAUAGUAAAGUAGAAGAAGCUACUUGGGUAUUGGAGUCUGAUAUGAGGACUCAAUAUCUAGAGCUGUUCAAGUUAGAUUUCAUUGACGAAAUCCUUUUAACAGGGGGAUAA